AUGUUCGAACUGCCGGAUGCGAAGCGGGUGCGCCGCGAUGAGCUCCAGUCGCCCACAUCAUCACCACGCUCUUCGCCGGAUCGAGACCUCGAAGAGCUUUUGCGGUCCAAGGCUCACAGCCAAUUUACGUAUACAACGGCCGAAGAAGUUGUUGAAGAUGCUGCGCACAGCGAUGACGACGAGGCGGAACUGCGACUCUUUGCUGCACCUUCAAAUGCGCCCGCGCAAACACACAAGAUCCGUUUGUCGUCCCCCACUGCCGACAGUGGAGAGCCGGGCCUCAUCUUGAAGAAGCCCAGAAGCUACUAUUUUGCCGAUGAGCCCACAAGUGACGAGGAGGCUACCUUCCGGGCGGCAGCUAUCGAUGGAAAGGGCGUCUUGGAGCUGUCACAGCUGCCUUGGCCGGGUUGCGCCUUGCCGUGGAAAGUGCGCAAAAUCUCGCCAACAGGGAUGAGAAAAGAAGUCCUCGUCGGCCAUCCUCCAAUGCUCGCCACGGUAGAGGAAAGGAUACACAAGCGCACAAGAAAGAGCAAGAAGACGCGAAUUGCGAUUAGAAAGAAGGUGCAGGCGAACAAGCAGAAAGAGAGUGAGCAGGCACGGCUUGCGCAGGAGAAGCUAGAGGCGGAGCGCGAAAAGAAGACGCGUAGGAACAGAGAAAAGAAGCUGAAGAAGAAGGCAAAAGAGCAGGCCAAGAAGGCGGCAGACGGAGAGAAUGAAGAGACCAAGGAGGUUGCGGGAGAUGCAGAAGAAGCAUCUGUGACUAACCCUACUUCCGCUCCCGCGGAUGACGCCAUGACCUAA